CUGUCAAAUUGAUGAAAAUCGAAGUGACGUUGACGUUAGUAAUGUCAGUAAUGUUUACGAGGUGAUCAGAAAAUAAAUUCGCAAAAAACUUUGUCGAAGGGUAAAAUUUAAUAAUAUUUAGUUGGAUGAGUUAUGAAUAAACCAUGUCGGACCAUCAGCAAUAUGAAAGAAUUUACAACUUUCUGUCUUCGCUCAAGUGUGCAGACGACAAAGUUGCGGAGAUAAAAGACGUUUAUGUGGAUAUAAUUAACUCCAAAAGACGCUUGCACGCUAUUAAAUCGAUAAAGGAUCUAUUAAAAAUAUUACAAAAGCGAGAUCACAUAAAUCCGGAGAAAAUAGGUGCUUUGAUUGGACUAGCAGAAUGCUUCGAUGGAAUACCUUUUGAAACGUUUACAGCUGCAAACACUGUGAAUAAUAAUCAAAACGUUAAUGGCAAUAUUAUAUACGUUACACAACCUUCACCAAAUUUAGUUCUGCCUCGAUUACCACCAGAUCUUCGUGAAAGGGUAUAUCAAGUCAUAGCUUCUGAUAUCGGAAAAAAGUGGACCGAUUUUGCUCGUGCUUUACAUGUACCAGAAGGGUACAUUGAUGAGCUCUAUUAUGCACAAAGAAAUUGUCAUAAUAGGGUUUACGAAAUACUCAGAUACCAUCAAGAACGUUGUGAUCCACGGUUGUGGCGGAGUUCUCUGUUGGAUGCACUUACAAAAGCAAGACGAAAUGAUCUUAUGCAAAGAGUACAAACAAUUUUUGACACACACUAUCCCUAAAAAAUAAAUGUGAUAAGCAUUGUGCUAAAUAUGAUGAGAUGUAUAAUUAAUUUAUAAACCAUGUCAUUGUGUACAUAGUUAGAUUCAUAAUAAAUUAUAUAGAGCAAGGGA